UGUAUCAGCAUCUUAAAUCGGUAUCUGGAAUCAGAGAAGUUCACUCUGGACAAACUGUGGCAGGGCAUCACCAACCUGGAUGUGAGCCUCGACGUGGCUGAUCGAAUCCUGCACCAGCUGCCAACGCCGGAGGAAGCCAAGAUGUACCUGAACUACGAAUUCACCGACAGCCAGUCGUUGGAGGAACUUACAGACGAGGACCGUUUACUGCUGCACCUCUGUAAGGUGCAACGUUUGAGCGCAAAACUCGAGAUUAUCAUCUUCAUGAACACCUUCGAGACCUCUCUGGCCACCCUCAACUCGGUAGGUCCACCGGUCUGCUGCUACUGUUUUCUGUAUUUCCCCGGUCGAUCCGGUAGUUUUGGCUGGCUGAUGAUACUUGCUAAGCUUGAAACGGUCGCACGGUCUCUUUCGAGUAUCUUGUGUUCUCUCAGGUGA